AUGCACCCUACCAAGGUGCGAAAUCACCAAGAGCGCGGCCUUGAGGCACUUGACAAGGACGAAGUCGAACUCCGGUUGGAAAAGGCGGUCUUUGGAGAUGAUGCUGGCUUUCUAGAGUCCUUGCAGCCGCGCCGAGUACAAGAUGACAAGGCUUUGGCUCGUCACAAUGAGCAUGACUUGGAUGAUGAGAACGACAAUGAUGGCGGCUACAGCGAAGGGGGACUUUCUGAUGUUGCGGACGAAGAUUUAUUCUUCCUCGAUGCAGGAACCGGGCAACUUCCCACGGCCGUCUCAAAAGAACUCGAUGACAAACUUUCAGCACAUAUUUCUUCCGACAAAGAGCCCGUGUGGUUAGACAGCGAUGACGACCGAAUGACCGUGUCAUUGGCCUCGAACACGCGCUUGAGAAAGCUACGAGAUACUCUUGAUGACGAUAUAAUCAGUGGAAGGGAGUAUAUCCAGAGACUUCGUCGACAAUACGAAAGACUCCAUCCUACGCCAGAAUGGGUCGCAUACGCAAGAAAGCGAAGAAGGCUAGCAUCGCAAGAUAAAGAGUCUGGAGAUUCGGACACGGAUGAGUCCAUGGACGACGGCGAACAUCUUACUUCAGCUCAACCUCUUGCUGAACUUCUUCGAAGUGCAAGUUCCUUGACUCGCUCCGUACCGGCAGGCGAAAGGUCCAAAGGAGUUCGAAAACUCCGACCAGAAGUGAUCGACAUCCAGCGAUGCAAGGAUGUGGCUGGCUCUGGGCCAUCUGCCGUGGACGCUCUGCAGUUCCACCCUCACUACCCUCUCCUCCUUUCGGCCGGGCCGAGUUCAACAGUCACACUGUAUCAUGUCUCACCUUUACCGCCCAAUCCCAACCCUGUAUUGACUUCAAUGCAUAUCAGGGGAACCCCCGUCCACACCGCUGCGUUUUGUAGAGCGCCUGGCGAGAAGCCCUUAUCAAUUGACGAAGAAGUGCAAGAUCAAACGCGGGUGUUUCUCUCCUCACGGCGUCGCUAUUUCCAUGUAUGGUCACUUGCGACGGGAGUGGUGACGAAAGUCACCCGCGCGCUGUAUGGCGACGCACGUAAUGAACAACGAACGAUGGAAUCUUUCAAGAUCUCGCCCUGCGGCCGUUACAUGGGACUUAUUGGCUCGUCCAAGAAAGGAGGCGGAAGUAUCAACGUCUUGUCAACAGAGAGUAUGCAGUGGUUGUGCAGCUGUCGGAUCGACUCGAGGGGGGGUGUUGCGGAUUUCUCUUGGUGGCGCGAUGGGAACGGGUUUGCCGUGGUGGGAAAGAAUGGCGAGGUCAGUGAAUACGAUAUUGAGGCGAAGAGAGUCGUUCACCGAUGGACGGACGAGGGUGCAGUCGGUACCACGGUAAUCACGUUAGGUGGGCAAAGCGGGCAGGAUGGGAGGGAUGGAUCACGUUGGGUGGCAGUCGGUUCAUCAAGUGGUAUCGUGAACAUAUACGAUCGCAGAGGAUGGAUUGCCGCCGAAGAUGCGGAAAGGGCAAGUAAAGAUGAAAGGCCCCGACCCGCCAGAGUCUUUGAUCAACUGACAACCCCGAUCUCCCACCUCGAAUUCUCCGACGAUGGUCAAAUGCUCGUCAUGUCUUCGAGAUGGAAAAAGAACGCCCUGCGACUGGUUCAUCUGCCAAGUUGCACUCUUUACAGGAAUUGGCCAACGGACAGGACGCCAUUGGGAAGAAUCAGUGCAGUGGCACUCUCACCAAAUGGGAGUUACCUUGCGGUGGCAAACGAACAAGGGAAGAUCAGGUUGUGGGAAAUACAAGAGUAG